AUGAAGAUUAUUCAUAUUAUAUGUUUUUCUUUCGUUCUUCUCUUAUCAUAUACCUCUCAUGCUAGUUCUUAUACUAAUGAUUUUUGUGUAGCAAACUUAAUGCUUCCAAACACUCCUUCAGGAUAUCCAUGCAAGCCAGAAAAAAGUGUAACUAUGAAUAACUUUGUGUUCCAUGGCUUUGUACCAGGAAACACAAUAGAACCUUUUAAUUUUAGAAUAACCACGGCAUUUGUCGAUAGUUUUCCGGGUCUUAAUGGACUUGGUAUCUCUGCAGCAAGGGGAGAUAUUGAUAUAAAUGGAACAAUACCAAUGCAUACUCAUCCUGAUGCAACUGAAUUACUUAUCAUUGUUAAAGGCCGACUGACUGUUGGAUUUAUUACAUCGACAAAAGUUUAUUCGAAAGUUGUUAAGCAUGGUGAUAUUGUUGUUAUUCCAAAGGGACAAUUGCAUUUUAUAGCUAACUCUGGUGUUAGAAAAGCUAUUCUUUUUGAAGCUUUUACUAACUCAAAUCCUAGUGUGCAAAUACUUGAUAAUCAGUUAUUUGGAAACAACUUAUUAACCUCCUUGAUUGCACAGACUACUGCACUUGAUGUGUCACAAAUUAAGAAGCUUAAGGCUCAGUUUGGAGGCAGCGGCUAA